AUGCCUAUUAAAAAAGAACCCACAGAAAUGAGCGCCUUCGAAAGAAGGCGACUUGAAAACAUUGCCGCGAACAAGGCGCUCCUAACAGAUAUCUCCGCGACCGCCAAAAAGGUCAUUCCUGCCAAACCAGCCCCCAAACCGGCUCCUAAGAGAAAGUCGCGGACGGAAACGGUCAAGAGAGAGUCGGCAAGGCCAACCCGUAUGAGCUCUCGCCUAGCGGGAAUUGACGCCGACAAUGAGACGCUCAAAAGGAAAUUGGAGGUGGAGGCCGAGUACGAAGCCUCCAGGACGCAGGCCAAGAAAAUCAGAACCGCCGAUGAUCUGAAUCUUGGAGACAUUGUCGUCGAUGGCAGAAAGUAUGGAAGCAGUGUCGCCGGCAUUCAAGGCAUCUUCCGCGGCGCAGAGCCCGGGGUGCGAACGUUUUCCGAAGACGACAUCAAGGAAACGACAGACGCGGGGUUGAAGGAAUUGCGUCUCCGUAUGAGCUCGCUCGAGUUGUACGAGCAUUGGGCUCCCAAUGAUAUCAAAAUUACGCCGCAACGCGUCUACGCACUUGGCUUUCAUCCAAUUGAAGAAAAGCCUAUUGUGUUCGCCGGCGACAAGGAAGGGAACAUGGGUGUCUUUGACGGAUCGCAAACUGCGCCCGAGGCGGAUGACGAUGACGACGCAGACACUCCUGAUCCUGUUAUUUCGGCGUUCAAAACUCACGCCAGGACAAUUACAUCUUUUGUUUUCUCCCACACAGACGCCAAUGCUGUCUUUUCUUCGUCAUACGAUUCCUCGAUACGGAAGAUGGACUUGGAGAAGGGUGUUUCCACUCAGAUCUUUGCUCCGCAGGACCCAGAUGAGGAUAUGCCCAUAUCUGCACUAGAUGUGGCCUCAUCAGCGCCGAAUAUUCUCUAUUUUUCCACCUUGGACGGCAGUGUUGGUCGGUAUGAUGUCAGAGUGCCAAGUUCGGAAGAGCUUUGGACUUUGUCGGAACAGAAAAUUGGCGGAUUUUCGCUGCACCCCUUACAACCGCAUCUUCUAGCCACGGCCUCACUCGAUCGGACUGUUAAGAUCUGGGAUCUCCGUAAGGUCUCUGGCAAGGGAGAUUUGCGACACCCUGCUUUACUAGGAGAGCAUUCUUCGAGGCUUUCUGUCUCGCACGCGUCUUGGAGCGCGGGUGGCCAGUUAGCCACCUCGUCGUAUGAUGACACAAUAAAGAUAUACAACUUUGCUGAAGCUGGCAAAUGGUCUCCUGGACAAGACAUUGAUGAGUCAAUACUCGAGCCGGCGCACGUCAUUAAGCACAACAAUCAGACCGGGCGCUGGGUAACCAUCCUGAAGCCGCAAUGGCAGCUUCGGCCCAAUGAUGGUUACCAAAAGUUUGCUAUUGGAAAUAUGAACCGUUUCGUGGACAUAUUUGCUUCGGACGGGAGUCAGCUUGCCCAGUUGGGCGGCGACGGGAUAACCGCAGUGCCGGCUGUGGCUCAUUGCCAUCCAAGCAUGGACUGGGUUGCUGGUGGAAACGGCAGUGGCAAGCUGUGUCUUUGGAUGUAA